AUGGGAAAAAGAAAGAAACUCUCUUCUAAAAAAUUUGAAGAAAAAGUAGAUAGAAUCGGUAGGUUACCAGAUAACUUAAUUCAUCACAUCCUCUCAUUCAUUGAUGUGAAAUAUGCAGUCCAAGCUAGUGUUUUGUCUAAAAGAUGGAAGGAUGUUUGGGUAUCUCUUCCCUUUCUUAGUAAACUUACAUUCGAAAUAGGCGGUGAUGGUAAUCCAGAAAAUUAUGAGAAACGAGCAGAUAGGUUCAUAAAUUUUGUUGACAUGGUAAUGAUAUUUCGCGAUGAUUCUGAUAUUCAGACAUUUAAUCUGAAUUGGCACGACUUUGCAUUUAAGGAUACAGUGAUAAGAAAUGUUACUAAAUGGAUGCUUAUGGCUGUAAAACGUAAUGUUCAAAAGCUUCGUGUAGAAAUUGGUGAUUAUUAUGAUUUGGCAUUCGAGCUUCCUCAUCGACUGCUUAAUUGUAAAUCAUUACGAAAACUUGAAGUUAUAAGUGCCAGUGUGGUCGAACAUAGAAAAAUUAUUCUACCGAAAUCUAUGUGUUUGCCGCAGCUUGAAGCAUUGGCACUUGUUAAACUUUCCAUCUCCGGUGUAGAAUUGGAAAGUCUCAUUUCAAGCUGUCCAUUUCUCGAACACUUACACAUAUUUAAGUGUGAUAUAGAAGCCGACAAUCAACAGAAUUUAGUUAUUGAUUCUCCCAGCCUUCAGACUUUUGCAUUAACAAACACUCUUAGAUCUUUCAGGUUGGAAGAUUGUAUUGUCCAUAACAUUACCAAGUUAUCUGCUCCGAAUCUCUAA